AUGGCUGGAUUACGCAGGAAAGAAACAGAAGACAACAUUAGACAAUUAUACCUGAACCAGGCCGAAGAUGAUGCCGACGGAGGUGCUGGGCCUUCCUCUGCAGCUAGUCCGGCACAAGCAACAAUAGGAGCCGAUAGUACGAUUCAACAGAAUUCAGAAGAUUCUACUCCCGAUCCGAUGGCUGGGGACUCGCAGCACUCCUCCGAGGGUCCAUCCCCAAGCUCAGUCAACUGGAAGUCGUCAGAACCGAAAAUUAGAACCAUGAGGAAACUUUCUAAAAUACAUUUUAAGCAGUAUCCUUGGCUCUCCUUGGUUGAUGCGGACGACUAUAUAUACUUUGUUGAGUUAUGUCUUGAGGAGGCAAUCUGGUGGGUCGAAAAGCGUCUGACAUUCGAAAACUACACAACUGUCCCCCCAGAUGCAUUCAAGGGUCUAUUCGACGAUCCCGACGAAGCCCUUGUAGGGUAUGGCUUCUUAACAGAGGAGAGAAAUAAGAAUCUUGUCAAUAGGGGUUUCUUCAAUAUCUUGAGCAAUUACCAGAAGCAUGCUUCCGGCACAGCGCCACUACCCGCUGGUUUCCUCCGGCCUGCGCAAGUUGAUGCAAAUAUCCCGCCGCCGCCCCAUUCUUCUCCUUUGACAAAAACGAAAAAGUUCAAGAAGUUUCUUCUUAGCUGUGGACUAGGAUUUGAGAAUAAAAAAAGGCCUGUGAAAAAUGAGUGCGAUCGCAUUGGGCACCUCUUGGUAGGAGCUGGCUAUCGCCCUGACCCGGCUGACACCCCUACCAUUUUAGAACUACAAAGAGGGGAUUACCCAGACCCAGUUCAAUACCACAAUGAUGUACAAGUCUUCUUGGAACUCAUUAUGUGUCUUCUUUUCGCAACAUGCCCAAAGAUUUUAGAUGUUAGGGAUAUACUUAGUCUUUCCUUCAUAAACGUUAAUAGAAGGUAA